AAAGCUUGUGAAUUCAUUGGUUGUGUUGUGCCGUUCAUUGAUUACUUUGAGAGGGUUUGGUUUGAUUCGUCUGCUGUUGUGAGUGUGUGUCAGACAGACCGAGAGCGACGGCAGCGUCAGGAAAACACAUUAUUCUUUCUAAAUCGGCAGAGGAAUAGUUUCAGGAUGAAGUUGGUUCAUGUAGUGAAAAUUAAACACGUGUUUCGCCGACUCAGGUUUAAUUUGAGGAGACGCAAGCAUGUCAGCAUCGCAGAAAACAUGUCAGGAAACAGUCUGGUAUUACCCAUAGUUCUGUGGGGCCGCAAUGCUCCCACCCACUGUAUCUCCAGCCUGCUGGUGAUGGACGAUCUGGCCACUAUCAUCACCGGCUGCCAUGACGGACAGAUCUGCAUCUGGGACAUGACCUCAGAGCUGGAGGUGAGAGGUCACCACGAG